UCUCACAUUUUUUCUUCUUUUGUUUACUACGCAUAAACAUGUUGGGAAGAACAUUAAGACAAUCCGUUCUAAGAGCAAGCUUCUCUACAGCUAAAAGGACAGCAAUUCCUGCUACUUAUCGUCUAUUCUCUACUGGAUUGACAACCAAGCAGGAAGCAGAAGCCAUUAAGCCAACAGAAGGUUUCGAACAAACAGCAGUCAAAAAUGAAGGUCGACCUAUUUAUCUUGAUAUGCAAGCUACUAGUCCUAUGGAUCCUCGUGUGCUAGAUGCUAUGCUUCCAUACAUGACUGAAUUAUACGGUAACCCUCAUUCAAGAACUCAUAAAUAUGGUUGGGAAACUGAAGAAGCCGUUGAAAAGGCUAGAGAGUAUGUGGCCAAAUUGAUUAAUGCUGACCCCAAAGAAAUCAUCUUUACUUCUGGUGCAACUGAAUCAAAUAAUAUCAGUAUCAAGGGUGUUGCCAGAUUCUACAAGAACAAAAAGAGACAUAUCAUCACUACCCAAACUGAACAUAAAUGUAUUUUGGAAUCCUGUAGAUCUUUGCAGCAAGAAGGCUUUGACGUAACCUACUUGCCAGUUCAAUCCAAUGGCCUUGUCGACUUGAAGAAACUCGAGGAAGCCAUCCGUCCUGAUACCGCCCUUGUCUCCAUAAUGACCGUUAAUAACGAAAUUGGUGUUAUCCAGCCCAUUGAAGAGAUUGGCAAAUUGUGUAGGGCGAAAAAAGUCUUCUUCCAUACUGAUGCUGCACAGGCUGCCGGUAAGGUUCCUCUGGAUGUGAAUUCCAUGAACAUUGACUUGAUGAGUAUUUCGGGUCAUAAAUUAUACGGCCCUAAAGGCGUCGGUGCUCUUUAUGUUCGUAGAAGACCAAGAGUUCGUUUGGAGGCGGUGCAGAGCGGUGGUGGACAGGAAAGAGGUAUCAGAAGCGGUACCCUUCCUCAUCCUCUUGUUGUUGGUUUAGGCGAGGCCUGUAAGAUCGCUGUAGAAGAGAUGGAGUACGAUCACCAAAGAAUAUCUAACCUGUCUAAACGACUGAUUGAUGGAAUUACAUCCAAGAUUGAACAUGUUUAUCGUAACGGUGACCCUGUGCACAGUUAUCCUGGUUGUAUCAACCUAUCAUUUGCAUAUGUCGAAGGUGAAUCACUCAUCAUGGCUUUGAAGGAUAUUGCAUUGUCCUCUGGAUCUGCUUGUACUUCUGCAUCACUUGAACCUUCCUAUGUCUUGAGAGCUUUGGGUGCAGAUGAUGAAAUGGCACACAGUUCUAUUCGUUUUGGUAUUGGACGAUUCACAACUGAUGAAGAAAUUGAAUUUGUAAUUAAAAAGGUCAACCAACAUGUUGAUAGAUUAAGAGAAAUGUCACCUUUAUGGGAAAUGGUUCAAGAAGGUAUUGACUUGAAGUCCAUUCAAUGGUCACAGCAUUAAGCUUCUCCCUUAUUUAUGAAAUAAUAAAACUUGUAAUAUCACCUGCUAAAUAAACCACUAUUAAAGAAGAUAUGGAAAUACGUACGG